AGAAGUUGUUGAUCACAUAAGCUGUGCCUUCAAGGUAGUGUUGGGCUGGUAUGGAGGCUGCUUUUGCUUGUUUUGUGGGAUCUGCUGCUGGAUUCCCAGCCCACUUGUGGAUGCAGCUCUUGGUAUGCUGGGAAUGCUGUGCACCAUGGAGGUAUGCAAAAGAGAUGAUUCAACACCACUCCGAUUAUGAUCCUACAGGCAGUCCAGGGACUUGGUCUUGAUGUCACUAUGAGCAAGACCGGAGUGCGCUUAAGCGGAAAGAAUGGGAGAGAAGGAACCAGGAGGUCCAACAAGAUGAAGAUCUCUUUGCUUCAGGUUUUAACCUAUUUGGGGAACCCUACAAGACAAAUAAAGGUGAUGCCCUUGCAAACCGUGUCCAGAACACACUGGGAAAUUAUGAUGAGAUGAAGGACCUGUUAACCAACCAUUCCAACCAGAGCCACCUUGUAGGAAUCCCAAAGAAUUCUGUCCCACAGACACCCAUUGACAAAAAUGAACAGAACUUUUUCCCAGAACCAAGGAACAGGAUGAUCCCAUCUCAUCAGAUCAGUGGCCACUCAUCGACAUCAAUGCCUCCACCUUCUUCCUUGUCAUCUAAUUCUACUUUGCUACACAGUCACCAGAGCAGCAGAAAGUCGAGGACAGACUGGUCACGUAGUGGUCACAACUCUAGUGGGGCCCAGCCAAGCCAAUCCAGUAGUCAGCAGAGUCGGACAAAGCAUAGCUCCUCUCAUGACCAGGCCCAGGGCAGGUAUGAAGACCUCUAUAAUUGUCAGAGUGAGCAGCAUAAAAGCGGAGGAACUGAGGAAGCAAAUUCUGUGGCAGCAUCUUCACAUUCGAGGAGGCACACUCAUUCCAAGUCAGCACCUGGAGAACAUACUUACAAAGAAAACAGUCAUUCGAAGUCGCCUGCAGAGCUUGAAUUUGUAGGUCAUGGUCCUGGAUCUCCACUUCCUUCCACUUCGUUGUUAUCUGCAAACAACAGUCUUUCGUCUCAGAAUUUCCCACCAGGACUUCACUGCAAGAACAGCAUGGUCCAGCAAAAGCCUACAGCCUAUGUCAGGCCUAUGGACGGUCAGGACCAGGUACCCAAUGACUCACCUGAACUGAAACCUCCGAUAGAAAUUGAGAGUGGAUAUGGAAAUCAGUCCUUUGGAACACUGCUGGAAGGAAAAGUGAACGCACCUAAUUCAAAGAACAAAGUACCAAAGCUCACCAUUCCUCCUGUUAAUGAAGCAGCAACAAAGACUGAUGUGUUUUGCAGUAGAGCUUGGAAUAAUUUUCUGGGAACUGCAUCUGAAAACAGUAAAAGGCCUAUUUAUAUCAAGUGGAAGCUGAGGGUUGCUUGCAGAUGGUGUUUUAUUAGAAACUGUAUUUGUUAAUAAACGUAGCUUUGUACAAGAUUACUUUACAGAUGUUUCUGUUUAUUUUUACCUUAGGUUAAAAAUCUGCUGAUGUAGAUGGCUUCAUAGUCUGUUGCGAUUUGUCGCUAGCAUUGUUUGGCAAGUAAAUAAUUGCAUGCAAAGGAAAUAAUGAUGUUGUAAAAGCAAAUACAUUUUUUCGCUCUUGCCAUCUAUUAGCACUGUGAGUCAAUAGAGGGACUUUAAAGUGCAGCAUCAAUAAGAAGUAUUUUUGGAAAUGGAACAUACCUUUUGCAACUUGUAUCAACUAUUAAGAACUAUUUUUUCCUUUAAUUUUUAGAGUGAAUGAAAUCCUGGCACCGUUGAAAUCAAUUCACUUGUUAGCAAUGGUUUUUUGGGUACAGGACUUCGCCCACAGUCUUUUUGCAUAACUCUAAGAAACUCUGAUGUGAACUGUUGUUUUUGGAAAGAUUCCUAGUCGCACAGAUGGAAAAAUUGCAUUAGGAACUUGUUGCUAUAGCUGCUUUAGUUUAUAGCGUGUACAGUAAAAAAGGUAUAUAAUUAAUUCAUUUUUGUUCAGAUAAAUGGUAAACUCUAGGCACUUUAGAAAUGAAUGCAGAUAAUAAUCUUAAAGCAGUCUGCAUUUUGUGAGUGAACAAUAAUUUGAAGGGGGAAAGAAAACCCAAAGCUGUGUUAAGGUGAUGAAUAACUUUUCUUCCCAAUACGGACCAUCUGACAAUAGCCAGACUGAUGGAUCUCUUACAGGCAAAUCUCCUCCUGAGUUUGGAGGGUUGGAUUUUUUUUUUUCACCUGUGUCAGGACUGUGAACUUUGACCCUAUGUGUUUUUCCACAGAUGUGUAUCCUGAAUUUGAUUUACCCUGUGUUCAGCAAUAAAACUCCUUCCAAUCCAACA